AUGAGUUACUUGAGGCGAUUUUUCGGUUCGCCUCAUCGUCGCCGAAGAUUCACGAUCUUUAUAGUCUUUGUACUGAACGCAAUAUUCCUGUGGUGCGGUGGACUCGACUAUUUCCUGUCGAGGCCCUUAUCUCAGUUUAGCUGGCCGCCACACGGUCUCGGGCACAAUGCAUUAAGUGGAGAGUAUUACGAAGAGUCCCCGUCUUUGGAGGAAAUCACGAAAGCUACUGGUGUCGGCUUAGCCAAGGGAGUACCGCAAGCCAUCUGUAAUUCUAGUGACCAUUCCGGAUUGCGGAUACAUGUCAAGUCGAAAUACGACGAAUAUGAGGCCCGAGCAGCCAUCCGGAAAACGUGGGGUGCAGAUGCGAAGCGUGCUGGGGCUGAAGUCUUUUUCGUUGUCGGAUUGCCUCUUCCAGAGGAUACGUUCGAGUGGAAGAGCCCUCUGCACAUGGACGAUGCAGAAACGGUCUCACACGUUAUCCGGCUCCACAGAGAAGCUGAUCAACAGAAGGAUUUGGUGAUUGGAAACUUUGUGGACGCUUAUCGGAAUAACACUAGGAAGUUUGUACUGAGCGUCGCCGGGGCUGCAGGGAUACUACCAGGCUGUCCGCCUUCAGAAUUUUCGCUUUUUAUUGAUGCCGACUAUGUCGUAAAUGUGGCCCGUCUGCUUUCGCAAAUCCGGGAUGCCGAGCUGGAGGUGGAUUUGUACAAGGGCUGGAGAUUCGACAGUUCCCCAUUUCGGAUGACGUUAUCUAAGCAUGCUGUAUCCUACGCCCAAUACCCGUUUGAUCGUUAUCCGCCAUAUAUCACCGCCGGUGCCGUGCUGCUGUCGAGGGAAACCGUGGAAAAAUUUAUUCACGCAAUUCCGCAAGCUGAGCUAUAUUUGAUGGACGAUAUCUAUGCGGGCAUUCUGGCGUAUCUGACCGGCGUGCAGCCCGUCCACGAUGAGAGUUACAAGUUUUGGACGGCAGCACACUCAGGAGAUGAAUGGCUGCAACUUACCGCUGCACACGGAUAUCCCCCUCAAGAGCUUCUCGAGACGUACAACCGAUAUUUUAAGCGGGUU